GAAGUGGAGAGUUGUCUUCUCUUGCAUCACCGGCAAAGAUGGCGAUGGUUGGAACAAAGACCUUCGGCGAUAUGCCGAACAAAUUUCAGAUCGAAGAAGGAGGAGAGUACUAUUAUGUUGGAUCAGAAGUUGGCAAUUACCUGCGUAUGUUCAGGGGUUCAUUGUAUAAGAAGUAUCCGUCUAUGUGGAGACGCCUUCUUACUGUUGAAGAACGUAAAAGAGUUGCUACUUUGGGAACUGGUGCCCCUGCCCUAGCUACUAACAUUACCCUACUGAAGGCUGUGGAGGUUGACAACAUUUUGGAAGGCAAUGACGACCAAUAUAAAGCUGUGUCAAUCAGCAGUGAUACCUCAUACACAAGAGACUCCAAAGCCAAAAGGAACACAUGGGUGACGACUGUUCCGAGUAGUUCUCAUCACCUGGACGCUGUACCAUGUUCCACCUCCAUCAACAGAAACCGCCUCGGCAAGUCAAAAGUCCGCACAUUCCCUCUCUGCUUUGACGACACAGAUUCUCCGCCAAAUCAUGAGAAUGCCAGUCUGUCUGAACAACUAGUACCUAUUCGACUAGAUAUGGAAUACGAAGGACAAAAACUCAGGGAUUGUUUUACAUGGAAUAAAAAUGAGUCCCUAAUCACACCUGAACAGUUCGCGGAGAUUAUGUGCGACGAUUUGGACCUCAAUCCUAUAAACUUUGUACCCGCUGUGUCUCAGGCAAUUCGCCAACAGAUUGAGGCUUUCCCAACAGACAAUCUAUUAGACCAACAGGCGGACCAACGAGUCAUACUCAAGUUGAAUAUACACGUCGGAAAUAUUUCCCUGGUAGACCAGUUUGAGUGGGAUAUGUCAGAACCCGAAAAUUCCCCGGAAGAGUUCUCCAUGAAAUUGUGUGCUGAGCUGGGACUGGGAGGGGAGUUUGUGACAUCCAUUGCCUAUAGCAUCCGAGGACAGCUGAGCUGGCAUCAAAGGACAUACGCCUUUAGCAGUGAAGCUCCCCUGCCCACAGUGGAAGUGGCCAUCAGAAAUCAAAACGAGGCUGACCAGUGGUGCCCGUUCCUCGAGACACUGACCGAUGCUGAGAUGGAGAAAAAGAUCCGAGACCAGGAUAGAAACACAAGGCGUAUGAGACGAUUAGCAAACACAGCGCCAUCAUGGUAGAAUCAGAAAUCUUGAUGAGUAGUACUUUCUACAUAGACUAAUGAUAUAGACCCCACAAUUGUGUUCAGUGAAAAACUACAGCAAUACCAACACAAAAGGCAAGGACAAUAGGGGACCAAAUGAUAGUGUUCUCAAUUGACCUAUAGGAACAAGAGUCAUCGAAUCGGACACAAAGCGUCGGAUAAAAGGACAGAAUUUCCUUAAUUACAAAUUGCUACGGAACAUCCUGCAUUUUGAUAUUUAGUAUUAUCAACUGAGAUAGCAUUUUGUUGUGUUAUUUAACUUGUUAACCUUCAAACAAGUGGAAAUUGUGUCUGGAUUGAGGAAGGUUUUCAACUAAUAUAAAAAAUGUGAAAUAUUUGUCACAAGCGAAAAUUUCAAUACAUUUUGUAUCACCAAGAACAGGCUUCAAUUCAUGAGAAACUGUUAUAAAAAUGCUGCUGUGAAAAGCUUAUCUUCCUAGAUAUUGUCAAAAUUUUGUGUGAUGGAUAACCAAAUUUAUUUUUUCCCACUUUCAUUCAAAGAUAUUUGUAUGAAAACUACAUAAAUGGCAGGCCAAUUUGUCUGAAUAUGGGCAUGACUUUGCAUUUUGUGUCUGUAAGUUGUGAGUUCUAAUGCAGAGAGUGGACUGGAUUGCUGUUUGAACAUGUUUUUUUCUGGAGAGAUGUAUAGUAUUCUGAAAGGUACAUUUUACUGAAUAAUGGUAAAAAGUUGUACCAUACAAAUUCAUAUGUACACAAGUUCAAAGGUCUGAUAUGAUGAGAAUGAUUGGUUUGUGUGUUAAGAGAGAGAGAGAGAGGGAGUUAAUCAGAAAGAUAGCGGAAAAAUGUAAUGAAUCUCGUGAAAUUGAGAAUAAAUUGUACAUGUAAAUACUA